CAGUCUUCGUAGUUUCACGCUUUUCAUCUGGGUUGGCGCGGCGUUUUUGCAUGUAAAGUUACAACAAUGCCUCCGAAGAAAAACGAGCCUUCCAAGAAAAAUGUCGACAAACAAAAGCAGAAGGUUAUCGAGGACAAAACUUUCGGAAUGAAAAAUAAAAAGGGAGCGAAGCAGCAGAAAUUUAUUCAGCAAGUGCAAAAGCAAGUUACUCAAGGAAAUAAGUCAGCUAAGGAGUUGGAACGUGAAAAACUCAAUAAAAAGGAAGAUAAAAGCCGUGAGAAGCUCGAGCUGAAUGAACUAUUCAAGCCUGUGCUGGAACUUCAGAAGUGUGCGAAAGGUGUUGAUCCCAAAUCGGUUCUUUGUGUCUUCUUCAAACAGGGUUUGUGCGCCAAGGGUGACAAGUGCAAGUUUUCUCAUGACCUUAUGGUUGAAAGAAAGGCUGAAAAGCGUGGGAUAUAUUCAGAGUCCGAAAAAACGGAGGGUACUAUGGAUGACUGGGAUAUCAGCAAACUUGAGGAAGUAAUCAGUAAAAAGCACGACGAUGAUAAUAAAGGUUUACCACCUAGCACUAUUGUAUGUAGGUACUUCCUUGAUGCUGUGGAGAAUUACAAAUAUGGUUGGUUUUGGGAGUGUCCAAACGGAAAGACGUGUCAUUACAGACAUGCUUUGCCACCAGGCUUUGUUUUGAAGAGAGACCAAAAAAAAAUGGAUGAGCAGAAGGAAGUCAUAUCGAUUGAAGAUUUGGUUGAACGAGAGAGACAAGCUCUCGGUCUUAAUCAAACCAGAGUUACACUGCAUACAUUUAUGGAGUGGAAAAAGAGAAAGAGAAUUGAAAAAAUGGCUAAAGGGCUUGCCGAUAAAGCAGCGCGAGAAGCUAACUAUAAACAAGGACGUUCUGCUGGUAUUAGUGGACGGGAGAUAUUCGAGUUUGAUCCCACAUUGGUCAUGGAGGCAGUGGAUGAUGACGAGACGUCUGGGGUUGUUGACUCUAGAAUUCGUGAUGAUGAAGACAAUGAAUAUUCCGGUCCAGUGAGAGAUAUUGACUUGAAUAUGUUUGCAAUUGAAGAGUUGGAAAGUGAAAACAAUGAAGUUAAAGAUGAACCAGAUGAGAUGCCAGGAGUUAGCGAAAUCAAUGAAAAUGGCUAUCUUGAUAGUGAUGUGGUGAUUGAUGAAGAGUUGUUCGACGAAACAGAUCUUGCUGAUAUUGAAGCUGAAAUAAAUGAACUAGAAUUGGAACCAUGAUUAUAUGUUGCUAUCUCUAUGAUCAUAUUUACCGCGGUGGUGAAGACUAAAUGAAAAGUCAAUGAAAAUAUUCUAUAAAUUAAACUAUUCUUUCAGUGUUUGUACAAAAUACCGGAUAUUUUUUCUUCCUUUCACUAACUUUUGAAACCUAUUUUAUAUGCAUAUGUUGUUUGUGUACUCAUCUGACUUUUCCCUGGGUACAAGUUAGGCAUGUUUUUGGCUGUACUAUGCAACUUCUGCAAUCUUCUCUACGCUUCUUUUCUCUAAGGUUGUCUAAUAUUCCUUGCGUAUACUUCCACUCGGAAGUUAAUUAGAUUGUUUCUUAUCAGAUCAGAUGAAAUAAAAAAUGAAAUACUUCUUUGAGUUGUCUUUUGAAGAUAUAAACUUAUCGGAGUU